AUGGGCGGCUGGGUUGAAGAGAAGGCUGAUGGGCUGUUGCAAUUUGGGCCAAAGGCUGGGAUCCUUGGGCGUGAAGAUGUUGCUGGAAGGAGUGGGCCUGCAUUGGGCUGGCCUUUGUUUGGGCUGUUGGGUAGCUUUGUUGAAGGAAAAAGGAAGCUUGUAAUUACGUUUUCACAUAUUGUGGUGUUCAACAAUAUAUACAUACUCUUGUUUGUAAUUUUCUUGUUGUGCAGUGAGGAAAAGGCAAAGGAUGUCAUCAUUUACUCGUAUAAUAGACAUAUCAAUGGCUUUGCAGCAACUCUUGAUGAAGUAGAAGCUGCAGAAAUUCGAAAGCAUCUAAAUGUGAUAUCGGUUUUCCUAAGCAAAGAAGUGAAACCAGCCACAACUCAUUCAUGGAAGUUUCUUGGAUUGGAAAGAUAUAACGAAGUUGUUCCUUCUCAAUCUAUUUGGAACAAGGCACGUUUUGGUGAAGAUGUAAUUAUUGGAAACUUGGACACUGGUGUUUGGCCUGAAUCAAAAAGCUUCAGCGAGUACGAAGGAAUUGGACCUAUCCCAUCAAGGUGGCGUGGAAGUUGUCAACGAACCAUUGGAGAUAAAAUUCAUUGCAAUAGGAAGCUAAUAGGAGCAAAGUACUUUAGCAAAGGCUUUCUGACACAACUAAGGAUGUCCAACGCCUCUAUACCUAAGGAGAACUUUUUCACUAGUCGAGACACAAAUGGACAUGGGACUCAUACUCUUUCCACAGCUGGGGGUAGCUUUGUCCCCAGAGCAAAUAUUUUGGGAUUUGGAAAUGGUACCGCUAAGGGUGGUUCUCCAAAAGCUCGUGUGGCUGCUUACAAAGUCUUAUGGCCAGGGAGCAACGAGGCCGACAUACUGGCCGGAUUCGAGGCUGCAAUAAGUGAUGGCGUUGACGUACUCUCACUCUCUCUUGGUACUCCACCUAUUGAAUUUUAUGAAGAUGCAAUUUCAAUUGGAAGUUUUCAUGCCAUUAUGAACAACAUUGUCGUGGUUGCCGCUGGUGGAAACGAUGGACCUACACUUAUGACUGUAAAUAAUGUUUCGCCGUGGAUGUUAACUGUGGCAGCAAGUACAAUUGAUCGUGAGUUCAAUAGUUACAUAACUCUUGGGAACAAAAAAAAACUUAAGGGAGCAAGCCUUUCUUCAAGUGGUUUUCCAUCUCAAAAGUUUUAUCCAUUGAUCAAUGGUACAGAUGCAAAAGUUGCUAAUGUAGAUCCUUCCAAAGCUGAAUCAUGCAAUCCUGGUAGUCUUGAUUCAAACAAGGUGAAGGGGAAGAUUUUGAUUUGUCUUGUGAAGAACAUUCUACCUGCUGAAAUGGUUUACCAAGCUUCUCUUGUGGGUGCUGUUGGAGUGAUAGUAAUUAAUCAUAUCUCCAUUAUAAGAACAAUUCCUCAAACCUUUAUUCUUCCUGCAUCUCAUCUCAUUGCCUCUCAGGGAAAUUUUGUAUAUGAAUACUUGAAGAUUGCUAAGAACCCUAUAGCCCACAUAUCUCGGGGAAAGACUGAAUUGGAAGUAAAACCAUCACCAAUUAUGGCUCCAUUCUCAUCAAGAGGACCUAAUGCCAUAGAACCAGCUUUGCUCAAGCCGGAUAUCACAGCACCAGGAGUGGAUAUUCUUGCUGCAUUCACUGAAGCUAUUGGACCAACUGAACUACCAUUUGAUAAACUUCGAGCCCCAUUCAACAUAAUUUCUGGAACUUCGAUGGCAUGCCCUCAUGUUUCUGGGAUUGCUGGUCUUCUCAAAACCCUUCACCCACAUUGGAGCCCAGCUGCUAUUCAUUCAGCUAUCAUGACUACAGCAAAAAUACAAGACAGCAACAAAGGAUCAUUGUUGGAUUGGAACAGGAAAAAAGCAACGCCCUUUGAGUACGGUUCAGGCCAUGUGCAACCAAAUCGAGCUAUGGACCCUGGACUUGUCUAUGAUCGAACUAUUGAAGAUUAUUUGAACUUCUUAUGUGCUCAUGGUUACGAUGAAUCAUUGGUUAAACUUUUCUAUCGUAAACCAUAUAAGUGUUCCAAAUCAUUCACUCUAGCCAACUUCAACUACCCUUCCAUCGUAGUUACUGAUCUAAGUUCACACUCGGUGACAAUUACUAGAAACGUCAAGAAUGUUGGUCCACCAGGCAUCUACAAGGCAUAUGUGAGUGCCCCAGAAGGAGUUUCUGUUUAUGUUAGGCCCACAAGCUUACAAUUUAGCAAAGUUGGUGAAGAAAAGAAAUUUGAGAUUAUUUUGAAGCCAAAAGUUGUUGGGAAGCCUAAAAACUAUGUGUUUGGACAGUUGAAAUGGUCAGAUGGGAAGCGAAAUGUUAGGAGUCCUAUUGUUGUCAAGUACUGAUUAAAAGAAAUGACAAAGUACUAUGGCAGAAGAGUAUGUGCAAUAUUAAUUAUAUUUAUUUAAGGAUCUUCAUCCAAAAAUAAAGCAUUUGCAUUUUCUGUCAA